AUGAGUAUUGCCGUACGUGCAUUUGUGGUGGGCUAUACCGGUGAGACGGGCAAGGCUCUUGUCAAAGCGCUCGCAAGAGACCCUCGGUACACCUCUGUGAAACUGAUAGGACGACGUCAAGUGGAACUGGAUUUCGGAAUUCCUGCCGACAAGAUUGUCGGAAAAUUCUCUCAACAUGUGAUCGAUUUCGAUCAUUUGGAGGAACAUCAACUGCUUUUUGAGGACACAGAUGUGGGAUUUUCUGCCCUUGGCACAACGAUUGCAAAAUCCGGUGCAGAACUGAUGCGCAAAAUUGACCAUGACUACGUCUUGCAGGUAGCUGAGUUGGCUGUCGCAUGUGGUUGCAAAGAAUUCGGCGCAUUAUAUGAUUCGAUACUUCAAGUCCCGCAUAUUGGGUGUUCGGUUACUAUGAUUGAACCGUGGGUCCUUGUAACUGCGGUUUUCCCUGUCUUCUGCAUAUCACACGCGGGUGUGAUAAAAACAAGCAAUAUCGGCAAAUUUGAUGGGUGUUCCGCUCUGUUCAUCAUGAAUGAUCUCUAA